AUGCUCUCACAUGCCCAGCUCGUUAGCAUGAAUUCGUUUGUCCUCGGAGUCUUCGCGGUUCUCGCGACCCUUGUUCCACUGACUGCUGCUCGCUCGAUCGCUCUAGGAGACUGGCAAGCGCUCCUGCGGCUGAGAGAGGAUUUGAACUUCACCAACGCGCAGCGCAGCCCCAAGGUGUACUGGCGGUCAAGGGAGAACUGCAACGUGGUGUUCGGCGUCUCAUGCAACGACCAAGGCCGCGUCGUCACGCUGUCCUUGUGGGGAGUGACAGGGCCUCUGCCCGACUCGAUUGCCAACCUCACUGCACUCACAUCGCUGUGGGUGGGCAACAACGUCACCAGCAUACCAGCCUCGAUUUCCCUGCUCAACUCAACACUCGCCGCACUCUUUUUGGGCGGCAAUGCUAUCAGUGGGAGCUUCCCAGCUGCCAUUACCAAGCUCACUUCUUUGAAGGACCUGAGUCUGGCUGACAAUGACCUAUCAGGCCCGCUGCCCCCAGGGAUUGGCAAGCUGCCGCAGCUGCAGAUGCUGCGCUUGGAUGGGAACCGUCUAUCAGGCCCCAUCCCUUCUCUCAUCUCCGCGCUCUCUUCCCUCUCCUACCUCUCACUUGCCUCUAACGAGCUCACAGGGGCCAUCCCCCCACAGAUAUCCGCGUUACAAGCCUUGCAGUACAUUGAUGUGCGCAACAACCUCCUGUCAGGAGCCAUCCCCCCGCAGAUCGGCAACAACUACAACCUCAACUGGCUGUACCUGAGCAACAACCGUCUGUCCGGGUCCAUCCCUGCUUCCAUAGGGCGUCUGGAUCGCCUGCGAUACAUGUUCCUUGACGUUAACUUACUCAGCGGGUCCCUCCCUGACUCAAUCCCCGCACUCAGUGCACUCGUCUACCUCAUCGCAAGCCACAAUCUCCUCUCAGGCCCACUCCCCGCCAACAUCGGCCAACUGCCCCGCCUCGCAUUCCUGUCUAUCAGCAACAACUCCCUUUCCGGCCCCCUCCCGCCCUCCAUGAGCCAGCUCAAGCACCUGCAGAUCCUGGACCUGUCUCGCAACCGCUUGUCUGGAGCCAUCCCAGACGCAUUUGCUGACAAGCCUGCCCUCAACUCCAUAGAUCUAUCUUUCAAUGCGCUCACAGGCCCACUACCUCCCACGCUCUCCACCUGUGGCUCUCUGUACACGCUGGACGUGAGCAGCAACUCUCUCAGUGGCGCUCCUGGCACCGUUGUCAGCAACAUGCCUACCCUCUCCUACCUAAACUUGUCCCAGAACUACUUUACAGGUCUGGUCCCCAGGGUAACAGACAGCCAGCAGAUGGUCUCCUACGAUAUCAGCUUCAACUACUUCCACGGGCCUGGGCUUGUUUCCGACACCACCCCCCUCGCGCUGCCCCUCUGCAAGACGGGGUUCGAGCCGGGAACCUUCUCGGCAGCUUCCAACUGCCUGGUGUACGGCGUUGCGACGGAGAAUUCCUGCCCGACUCGCGUCGGCCCCAUGAGCACAGGGGAGCUGCUGCAGGUGGACACACAACGUUCCGUAGCAGCCUGCCUCGCCUUCUGCCGCACCAACGUCACUCGCACCGCUGCCAACUCGCAGUGCGGCUCGCUGGGGACGUGCGUGGUGGAGAUGACAGGAAUCCCCCUCCGCCCUUCCUUCUCCUGCGACUGCUUCAAAGGGACUCUCCGCUCCCCUGACGGCCUAAACUGCACGGCCAUUGAGAAACCCUCCCCUUCACCUCCUCCCCCCCGGCCACCCCCUCCCCCCACGCCCCCCUCACCGCCUCCCCAUUCGCCUCCUCCCUCCCCUCCUCCCGCCACUGUUCCCCUUCCGAGUCCUCCCCCACCCACUCCUUCCCCUCCCCCGCCCUCCCCUCCCCCACCAACGCCGCCUUCUGACUCGGGGGGUGUUGAAACAGCAUCCGCCCCAACCCCUGCGCCUGUUUCUCCCCCUGAUAGCCCAACUCCCCCUAGCCCCCCUCCCCCGUCCCCUCCCCCUUCCCCUCCCCCACCCUCCCCUCCUUUGGAGAGUCCCCCUCCCCCUUCCCCUCCUCCCCCCUCCCCUCCUCCCCCCUCCCCUCCUGUGGACAGCCCACCUCCCCCUUCUCCCCCUCCUUCUCCCCCUCUAGAAUCCCCCCCACCGCCCUCCCCACCCCCCCCAUCUCCUCCCCCUCCCUCGCCACCACCAUCGCCCCCUCCCCCUUCCCCUCCUCCGCCCUCUCCCCCUCCUCCCUCCCCUCCUCCGCCCUCUCCCCCUCCCCCCACCCCCCCUCCGCCUUCCCCAAGCCUUAGGGAGGACUUGGAUUCCACAACCAAUGGGGAUUUGCCAGCUGUCCCGCCAGACUCUCCCCCGCCUCCUCCUGACUCCCCCCCUCCCCCACCUCCAGACUCGCCCCCUCCCUCUCCCCCUCCUUUCCCCCCUCCCUCUCCCCCUCCCUCCCCUCCUCCCUCUCCUCCUCCCUCGCCUCCUCCCCCAUCUCCGCCCUCUCCUCCUCCCUCCCCUCCUCCUCCUCCUCCUCCCUCUCCUCCCCCCAGCCCUCCUCCCUCUCCUCCCCCCAAGCCUCCUCCCUCCCCUCCUCCCUCCCCUCCACCCCCCUCUCCUCCCCCUCCUCGCCCACCCCCACCGUCUCCCCCUCCCCCGUCCCCGCCGCCCCCCUCACCACCACCGCCUGCCACCCCUCCUCCUUCGCCCACCUUUUCCGGAGCUAAGUGCGGGUGGUUCUUGGGGUACUAUAAGUGUGAGAACCACGACGAGAAGCAGUUGCAAUAA